AUGAGCAGCAUCAGCCCGAGGUGCCGGGCGCUCGCGCAGUUUUUGGACCAUCACCAAGAGCCGCCAUGGCGCCUGCAGCAAGUCCUUCACGGAGUCUACAAGGCAUACAAAAUAAAAUGGCAUGCCAUCGACGGCUUGCCACAGACAUUGAGAUGGAGGUUGAAGGACCAGUUUGGCAAGUACACCACGGCUUUCAAGCCCGAGGCAGUGUCAGAAGGAGACUCUGCCGAGAAGAUUCUGCUGAAGUCGCGUUCGGAUGAAGCGCGGGUUGAAGCAGUUUCUCUGAAAUUUCAUUCUCACCGGUCGCUCUGCAUCUCCUCGCAGGUUGGCUGCAGUUUCCAGUGCGCCUUCUGUGCCACUGGAAAGGUAGGCUUCAAAAGGCAGCUCGACGCAGACGAGAUCACUGACCAGGUGCUGCACUUCUUGCAGCGUGGGCACAAGGUGGAUGGCAUUUCCUUCAUGGGCAUGGGUGAACCGCUGGGUAACCCCAAGCUCUUCGAUGCACUUCGCAUUCUGACAGCCUCGGAGCUCUACGGAAUGUCAGCGCGAAGGCUGAACGUCUCGACCGUUGGUGUACUUCCCGGCAUCGUCAAGCUCACAGAGGAAUUCCCGCAGGUGAACCUCGCAUUUUCCUUGCAUUCGCCCUUCACGGAGGAAAGGAACAAGCUAGUGCCGCUGAACAGAAUGUUUCCAAUGGAGGAGGUGUUCAAUGUCCUGGACCAGCGGAUUCGUAGCACUGGGCGCCGCAUUUGGAUCUGCUACUUGCUGCUGCAGGGGAUUAACGACUCAGCAGACCAUGCUCGGGCUUUGGCCCAGAUGGUUCGAGACCGGCCUUCCGAAACGCGGUAUUUGUACCACGUGAACCUGCUACCCUACAACGUUGGCAGGGCAGUCCCGGAACAGUACAGUCGAGCUGGUCCGGAAGGAGUUGAGCAGUUUCAGCGAGUGCUGCAGCAGAAGCGGGUUUCCUGCUCUUACCGCAACUCUUUUGGCCAUGGGAUAGAUGCUGCUUGCGGGCAGCUUUUCGCGGGCUACGAAGAG